UCAUGAAGGAGUACCGUGGUAAAGAGUAAAGACAAUUAGACAACAUGACCGUAACGCAACUCUGAACACACACAAGUAAACAAGACAGCGUGGGGACUGGUGACUGGUGACUGACAAACCAAAGCUGAAAAUAAUAGUAGAAAAGAAGAAAUAGAAAAACUAACCAGGUCACCACAACCAAGCACACAUAUACACACACACAAUGGAUGACGAGGCUGAGACAUACAAGCUGUGGCGCAUCCGCAAGACCAUCAUGCAGCUGUGUCAUGACCGUGGCUAUCUGGUGACACAAGAUGAGUUGGACCAGACUCUUGCUCAGUUCAAGGAGCAGUUUGGUGAGAAGCCGUCUGAGAGGCAGCCGGCUCGCUCUGACCUCAUAGUGUUGGUGGCUCACAAUGAUGACCCCACCGACCAGAUGUUUGUGUUCUUCCCAGAUGAGCCGAAGGUUGGAGUCCGCACCAUUAAGACAUACUGUACACGCAUGCAGGAAGAGAACAUCCAGCGUGCCAUUAUUGUUGUCCAGUCGGGAAUGUCACCAUCAGCUAAGCAGGCUCUGGUAGACAUGGCCCCAAAGUACAUCCUGGAGCAGUUUCUGGAGUCUGAAUUGCUGAUCAACAUCACUGAGCACGAGUUGGUGCCUGAGCAUGUGGUGAUGACGGCUGAGGAAAAAACUGAACUGCUGCAGAGGUACAAACUGAAGGACAACCAGCUCAUGAGGAUACAGGCGGGUGACCCUGUGGCGCGGUACUUUGGGCUCAAGCGUGGCCAGGUGGUGAAGAUCAUCCGUCCCUCUGAAACAGCUGGCCGCUACAUCUCCUACCGUCUCGUUGUGUGAGAGGGAAAGGAAAAAGAAGUAAGAGAGAGAGAGAGAGAGAGAGAGAGAGAGAGAGAGAGAGAGAGAGAGAGAGAGAGAGAAGAAUGAGAGAAUCACCAUAGAAAUAAGAAUUAAGUGUUAUCCAGUUUUGUAAUAAUGUGCCAGAAAAUUAUUUAAUGUCCUUUUCAUUUGCAAAUGCUUAAAUCAUAUACAGAAA